GAAAUCACGUGUUUCGCUGUAGAAAGUUUGACAAGUUUGUCGACAUUCGUCUUCGGUUUUCCACGCUACACAUGUGGUUGCAUUUCAUUCUGUUUUGUAUUUUUGUUCCGUUGAUAAAGAAAUCGGACCCUCUAACCGGAAUCGACGUCUUUGCUACCAGCGAACUCAUUGGAAAACACUAAACAUGGAAAUCGUGCAGAAAGUUUUGUCGGGUUUUAGUCUUGAUCUGGGUCCCGUGAAAGAGCCACUGGGGUUUAUCCGAAUCUUGGAGUGGGUUUUCACCAUAUGUGCCUUUGCCACCACUGGUGGUUAUGUUGGAUCCAGUGUCUUCAGCAUAAACUGUGGGGGUAAAGAUCAUCCCGUGACUGCUCAGUUUGCCUAUCCGUUUAGGCUUCCGAGUUUGCCGUAUGUCAUCCCUGAUUGCAGUAACGCCACAAACAAGACGUACCUGCAGGGAGAUUACUCGUCCUCGGCUGAGUUCUUCGUCUGUGUGGCCGUCUUGGGCUUCCUGUACUGUACUUUCACUCUUGUCCUGUAUGUGGGCUACCAGCAGCUCUAUAGGGAAUCUAACCGUGGCCCAAUCAUUGAUCUGAUUGUGACCGGCAUCUUUGCAUUCUUAUGGCUGGUCUCAUCUUCGGCCUGGGGAAAAGGUCUAACGGAUGUAAAGUAUGCCACUGAUCCCGACAACAUAAUAAAGGCAUGUUCUCCAAAUGUCUGCAAAACAGUAACCUACCCUUCUAUGGGCCGUCUCAAUGCCUCUGUGCUUUUUGGAUUCCUAAACCUCAUAUUGUGGGCAGGGAACUGCUGGUUUAUCUACAAGGAAACUGCAUUUCAUAAGCCUGCUAAUCCACCAGUCAGCGAAGAGCAAGGAGUUUCAAGCUCUUAAUUAGACAAACAAAGCUGGUUCCUCUCCUCAUGAGUCAUUCAGAAAGCAGAGGACCUCACAGUGGGUUUAUGUUGACGAGUCAAGAGAAACUACACUUUCAGUUGCAAAGGCUUUAUUUCUAGCUUCACAUAUUGCAGUCCACUACAUUAUAAAUGCUAUAAGCUGAAUAUACAUAUUUUUUCACCCACUAUUUUUUCUUUUUUUAUGAUAGUUUCACUGACGCUUUAGUGUCCGUUUUGAUGGCACUGACAGAAGCAAAUGUUUUCAGGUAGGUCAUUUAAUGCAAUGACAAAAAAGAAACCCAAAUUUUAAAUUCCAGCAAGUGUUUAUAAUUCUGCUACAUUUGCAAAUACAAAGUUGAUGGACAGUGCGAACUUAAGGUUAUUUUUUUGUAUGAAUGUAUUUAAUUUGGUACAAAGAU